AUGGGAACGGAAGGAACCCUAACAAACCUCCGGAAACCCGAGAAACGAAACCCCACUACAACCUUCGUCCACGUCGAAAACCGAUGGAAGAAGACAAAAGACACGGAACUACAGCGAGAGCAACAAACAUCCCCGAUCGUGACCAUAACGAGUUCAAAACUUAGGAAUCAAUCCAUCAGCCUACAGCCAGCCGUCACGACAACACUCAAUGACACAACGAUCACACUCACGUCAUUAACGAUGCCGCCAACUCCAACACUUGCAUCGAAAUUCAUCUCUGAUGGAACACAUCUGGCACUGUGGAACUCAGAAGGAAAACUCAAUCUGGUGUGCGACUCGAAAGACUCAGCGGCCUCUCUCAACUGCAUGGUGAACACAGACUGCGAAUGCCAACCGGCAGAAAGCAAGAACGAGGUUGAAAACCGAUUUCCUGUUCUUCGCCCGUGGAUCACAUUCAAGCCAUCGGAGCACGAUUCUACAAUACCAACAGCUUACGUACCAGCACUCACGACGGCCGAAUUCAUCAUCCACACAAAGGAAAGAUUCAACAAAGUAGUUACAGACGUGACGGACUCCGUUUGUCGAGUGAACAAUGCAAUAGCAAAGGGCUGCUAUCAAUGCCCACAAGGAGCGGAAUCAAAAAUUGUCUGCACCACUGACGGACGCCCGGUAAUGGCUUCAAUACGCUGUGACGACACGCACUUCACCGUACCGUGUAGUCCCGAAGGAACUGAGUCUACGUUACGAUUCGUUCACACACUUGCAAGGAUGAGAAAGGUCUGCGACGUCAACUGCGGAUCGACCACAACGACAUUUGAAAUCACUGGCAUACUUCAAUGGACACGAACGAUACAUGGCUCAGCCAAGAAAAUCCUGGGGCGAGCAAUGGAGCAGCCAGCCACGACUCCACAGCUGAUGGGCAAAAAGAAGAGAGACGCUUCACAUAGCGACGACAGCGUUAGCAGCGUUCACAUCCUCCAUGACUCCAAAAAGGUCGCUGAUGUAGCUCCCAAAGAGACGAAAAAGUCGUUGCCAAAGCCUCCGAAACUGCCAGGGAAGACGCAAUCCGACAACCCGCAGACCAAGAGAAGACCUUCGACGGAUGAUACGUUACAAGGGCCGUCAUCAGCUAAGAAACCACGAACUCAGAUCUUGAGCAUGAAGGAACUGCUACGCGAAGGAGGGACACUCUUGCUGAAUGCGGCUGAGAAUAUGGAUGUUCUCACUCGACAA